CAAACAAAAAGAAAAAAAAAAUUCUAAAUCAUAAAUAAUCGAAACAAGAACACAAUUUUUCCAAACUUAACCGAAAGAAAAUCAAGGAAAAAGCUUAUUCCCUACUCAGAAAACAAAAUUUAAACAAAACCCCACGACAUAAACUUCACAACGAUAACAAAUCUUUCAUCUAACAAGAACCUCGUUUUGAAAUUUUCAACAAGAACGCACAAUAAAAUGACAAAAACUGUUUUCCUUUUUUUAAGAGUGAAAAUCUCCCUCAAGGCAGUGUUUUUACGGUUUUUCACUGUUACCUCCCCAUUGCCGUACCAAGUACGAACGGUUGCCGCGUUUUAACGGCCUUUUGUUUACUUGUCAACAUAAUCGACGAAAUUCACCGUUUAAAUCUGUUCCGAAGGAUGUGCACGCCGGCAAAGAGAAUCAAAACUCAAGGAGACGAAAGUUUCGAAGAAUUUCUUAAAUCCGUCGAAGCCGAACGUCACGAGGUGCGGAUAUCUUCAAACAAUGAAAAACCGUAAAGAAAAUACAGAGGGUUCAACAGUAUUAAUGCCCUUUAAUUAUUAAUCGAAUGCAUGCCUUGGCUCCUCACGGAGAGCGAGUACGCCGCUUGGCAUGAAAGCAGUGUUCAACGUCUCAAUGUCCUCGACUUUUUAGGUUGCUUCUUCAGUCUUGGAUUUCCCGUAUAACAAGAAAAGAGUACGAGUGCUGUCCGAAGCGAAAGAACUACCUGAAAGUUCUAAUGGUGUUUUAUACUGGAUGACUAGAGAGAAUAGGGUCCAAGAUAAUUGGUCUUUAUUGUUUGCUCAAAAGUUGGCCCUCAAGAAUGAAGUGCCACUGCACGUAUGUUUCUGUCUACUCCCAAAAUAUAUGGAUGCAACAAUAAGGCAUUAUAGAUUCAUGCUCAAAGGGCUGGAAGAACUCUCCCUUGAAUUAAAAAACCUCCAGAUACCUUUCCAUCUCAUUUUCUGUUCCGAUAAUGUGGAGACUGUUAGAAAAUUUGUGGCAAAAAAUGAUAUCGGGGCAGUCGUUUUGGAUUUCAGCCCUCUGAAGAUAUCGACUUCUUGGGUUGAUCAGUUGAAAGAAAGCCUGCCAGACAAUGUUCCAUUGUGUCAGGUUGACGGACACAACAUUGUUCCUUGUUGGAUCGCAUCUGACAAAUUGGAAUACGGGGCGAGAACCAUCAGGAACAAGAUCAACACAAAAUUGGACGAAUUUCUUACAAAAUUUCCCCCUGUAAUUAAACAUCCAUUCAAAAGUAAUAUAAAAUCAGAGGAAAUCGAAUGGUCGAAAUUAGAGGAGAAAUUGGAUGUUGAUAUGAAAGUCAGUCCAGUCAAUUGGGCGAAGCCAGGCUACAAGGCAGGAAUGCAAACUUUAUUUGAAUUCUGUGAUAAACGCCUUAAAAACUUUGCAACUAAAAGAAACAAUCCUCUGGAGAAUGCUUUAAGCAAUCUUUCUACUUGGUUUCAUUUCGGGCAAAUUUCUAUACAACGGUGCAUUUUGUAUGUUCAGACUUUCAAAUCAAAAUACAAGGAUAGUGUCAGUUCGUUUUGCGAAGAAGCCAUCGUGAGAAGAGAGUUGGCUGAUAAUUUUUGUUUCUACAAUAAGAACUAUGAUAAUUUAGAUGGCGCUUACGACUGGGCAAAAAAGACUCUCAAUGACCAUAAAAAGGAUAAGAGGACUUGGCUCUACACGGACCAGGAGCUGGAAGAAGCCAAGACGCAUGAUGAUCUAUGGAAUUCGGCUCAGAUCCAGUUAAAUACUGAAGGAAAAAUGCACGGUUUCCUGAGGAUGUAUUGGGCGAAAAAAAUACUCGAAUGGACCCAGAGUCCUGAAGAUGCUCUGAGAGUUGCUCUUUACUUGAACGACAAGUACAGCUUAGAUGGGAGGGACCCAAAUGGAUUCGUUGGCUGCAUGUGGUCUAUAUGCGGCAUCCAUGAUCAAGGUUGGAGAGAAAGGGAAAUCUUUGGUAAAAUUCGCUACAUGAACUAUCAGGGCUGUGAAAGAAAAUUUGAUGUAAAAGCAUUUGUAGCGAGGUAUGGUGGAAAAGUUUACGGUAAGAAAAAGUCAAAAUCAUAAAUUCCUCCUGGUGGCAUUUCAAUUUUUUCUUUUAAUUCAGCAAUUUCAUUCAUUUUUCAUUUUCAUACAUUAAUUCAUCACAGUACUCGCCUUAAGAAUGGGAAAUUUACUUUAAUUCAAUGGUCAUAUAGUAUUAAUAAAACUGUAAUUUUAUACAUAGUUUUAAGAGGAAACAACAAAGUCUGAAAGUUUUAGAAUGUAUUUGUAAAACAAUAAUAAACAAG